UGGUGAAACACAUAUGCAGUCAUGGCCACAACACAUAACUUCAUCUUCCUCAUCACUUCAUCUCUCUUGAUUCUAUCACUUCAUGCUGCUUCUGAUUCAAACUGCAGUCCUUCUGAGUGUGGUGAUAUUCGCAAUAUCAGCUACCCUUUCCGCCUCAAGGGCAAUCCCAGCCACUGCGGCCGUUCCAAAUACUAUGAACUAACAUGCGAACACAAUAUCACCUCCGUCUAUCUAAACUCUAUCAAAUACCAUGUCAAACACAUCAACUAUGAUUCCUCCACCAUUAGGUUGGUUGAUGCUUCCAUAAACACGGAUUCAAUAAAUUGCUCUUUCCCUCUCACUUCCUCCAAAUUCUACAAAUUCACCGAUCGUUCUUCUUCUCCAUACUAUAUUCUUGAUCCCUCUGAUAAGUUACUGCCAAUUAACUUGAUUACCUGCCCCAACCCGCUGCCGAAUUCUUCCCACUUUACAGAUAUUACUGCCUGUACUUUAUCACAUACCAGAUUUAGAUAUGCAUAUGUUGGGCACAUCAACGCCUCAGAGGUACCACAUAUGUGUAAAAUAGAUCUAAUAGUCUUGACAUCGUGGCUGGUUUUCGGGGAUUUUUUUAAUGCUUCACUCAUAGAAAUCCAAAAAUCACUCUUGUAUGGUUUUGAACUCAACUUCUGUGAUGAUUGCAAUGGAAAAUCCACAAUAUGGGGGAGACUCAUACAUCACUUAUCAGGACCUAAGCGUAAGGAUUUCUACUUUGAAUUCUAA